UCCGUGUGGACCUCAGUGUGCCAGCAGAGCAACAGCUGAGCUGGCUAAAGUAAAAAGAAAAAAAACAUAUUGCAACUAUUCCAUAUUUAUAGGGCUUGACAAGUUAAAUUGCCGUCACUGGGAUGGAGAAUGACAUUCUUGUCUCCCUUGAAGAUUUAGGGUACCAGGGCCCUCUGUUGGAGGAUGGGGCCCUGGAGGCUGCUGUGAGUGGAGGAGCGGCGUCACCGGAGUUCACUAAGCUCUGCGCCUGGAUUGUCUCCGAGCUCAGACUCUACUGCAGACUGGAGGAGAAUGUCCAGGCCACUAACUGUCCGAGUGAGGCAGAGGGCUUCCAGCUAGAGAUGAGUGGCCUGCUGUCAGAGCUGGCCUGUCCCUACUCUGUGCUGACCAGUGGAGAUGUCACCCAGAGGCUUCUUAACAGGACCAACUGCCUGCUGCUCCUCACCUUUCUGGUGUCUGAGCUGGAGGCAUCCAGGAUGAUCCUGAUCAACAAGCCUCAGAAGAAGGCUCAGGAGUCAGAGGGCAGCCCAGUCUUCAUGGAGCUGAAGGGCAUCUGUGUUGCUCUGGGCAUGUCCAAGCCCCCUGCCAACAUAACCAUGUUCCAGUUUUUCAGUGGAAUUGAGAAAAAGCUCAAAGAAGCCAUAAGCAGAGUCCCAGCAACCCAUGUAGGAGAACCUCUAAUGAAGAAGGCUCUUGGACCUGUGCACAUGGAAAAAAUUGAAGCUAUCAACCAAGCACUUGUGAAUGAGUAUGAAGUAAGAAGGAAGAUGCUGUUGAAACGUCUAGAUGUGACCGUUCAGUCCUUUGGAUGGUCUGACAGAGCCAAAACGCAUGCUGAAAAGAUGGCCAAAAUUUACCACCCAUUGCGUGCAGCCCUUAGCAUGAAGAGCAAGAUCUCUGUCGCUCACCUUUUAGCUGCACGAGAUGACCUUUCCAAAAUCCUGCGCACAAGCAGCGGCAGGAUAAGGGAGAAAACUGCCUGUGCCAUUAACAAGGUUCUGAUGGGCCGAGUUCCAGACAGGGGAGGCCGCCCUUGUGAGAUUGAGCCUCCUCCUCCAGAGAUGCCCUCUUGGCAGAAGCGUCAGGAUGCUCCCCAGGGAGGAGGACACUAUGGUGGGGGCGGGCGGGGAGGAGGUGGAGGAGGAGGCAAUAGAGGGGGCUAUGAUCAGUACUCCCAAGGUGGCCGCGGAGGCUACGAGAGAGGAGGAGGGGGCUAUGGAGACAGGGGAGGUAGAGGUGGAGGAGGUGGCAGAGGGGGUAAGGUGCAGGGAGGCUGGUCAGAUGGAGGAGGGAGGGAUGGUUACCACCAGGGUCACUAUCAAGAUGGAGGAGGUCACCACGGGGGAGGAGGGAGAGGUUACAGUGGAGGAAACUACCAAGGAGGCUUCCAUGAUCCUAGCUAUCCUGGAGAGGGCCAUCAAGGAGGAGGAGGAGGUGGCUACCAUGACAACUACCACCAGGACGGUGGUCGGCAUCAGGAGCGAGGAGGCGGCCGUGGAGGUCGAGGAGGCAGGGGAAGAGGAGGCCGAGGAGGAGGAGGACAAGGGGGAGGCUGGGGAGGAAGAGGCGGCCAGAAUUUCCACCAAGGAGGACAGUUUGAACAAUACUUCCAACAUGGCGGGCAGCAGUACAGCCAAGCAGGCUUUGGUCAAGGCAGACAUUACACUAGUUGAAGACGCAGAGUUCGUGCAAAGAUUGGCCACAUUUCAGAUGGGAGCGAAUGGAAAAUGCCUUAUCUAGAACACAAACAGAAAGCAUGGUUAAAAACCACCAAAAGUUUGAAUAUGGAGGUGUUUAUAUGCGUGAUAUAUACACUCAAUAUAGCCUUUUUGUGAAUUAUGGCUAUACUACAGAAUACGGUUCUAACGUGGUAUUUUUUCUCUUACAUACCUGGGUGUUAAUAUAUGCAUGUUUAGCUCUGCUUCCUCAAUAUUCAAAUAUUUAAGCCAACGAUUUACAACGAUUAAAUUGUUUGAGUAGUUGGCGUCUGCUGUCUUGACCUCUUCUCAGCACUAAAUUGGCCUUAUCUUUGAGAUUAUUCAAGGGGACAGAAUCACAGAACUAAGCGCUCAUGCACCUACUGUAUAUCUGAUGAAACAGUAUCAGCUAUUACACAAGUGGUUGUUGAAGUCCACCUUAUAGUUUUAUUGAAUUUGAAGAAUACUUGAAAACUGGAUCAGUCUUUGAAUUUGUUUCAGUUGGAUUGACUGCGGGCUCCUUUAUUACUUAUUUAAAAGACACCACCUGUUUUUGCUCAUGGAAAAAUGUGUACAUACAAAUGUGGAUGUUGGAAAGACUGCCUGGAUGUGUGAAUGAGAUUAGCAAUAAACUCUGACAUGAGA